AUGAUAAUGAUGAUGAGGCUACAUUGUUCACCAUACGGGUGGAUAAAAAGCAUAGCACCAAAAUCAAUUUUUGGCUAUUUAUAUCAUGGAGAUUGUAAACCCGACGGCCAUGAAAUUCUUUUCUCUCUUCGUACAUUGUUUCGUAUUGAUAAAGUCAAAUUUGUGAAUUGUGAUGAAAUGUGGUACGUCAACAUGACAGUUGUAGAUGAAAGUAAUGAAGAAGUACAAAAAGUAGCAGCACCAUGGAAAGCAUCCAUUUUAAAAGAAAAUAAUUUUUCCGAAUCUGAAAAUAGAUCGCCUAUUUAUGUAUGCGAUUUAUCAGCAAAUAAUGAAGUUCUUCGUAUUGAAACAGUUGAUCCUAUUUUUAAACUGCGUUAUUUGAUUCAAGAUCGUCAUAAUCAAUUAGCUCUAAUGCAUGUUCAUUAUUUGAAGAGACUAUAG